AUGAGUACACCUGAAUUGACGCCAGAGCAGCGUAAAGCGCUCCUUGAAGGCCCAGCCAGCGCCCCCCCACCAGGGCAGGUCUCUAAUCUCGAUGAUCCCCCGAAUUCGUAUGUGCAAUGGCGCGCUCUCUUCGUAACCCUCUGGGCGGUGGCUAGUGCAUGCGUUUUCAUCCGCAUAUAUGCAAAGGCGUUUGUGGUUCGGCAGUUUCGAAAGUCUGACUACACUAUGGUCCUCGCUUGGGCGCUUUGUAUGGGAUACUCUGCAGUGGUGCUGCUGUCCGGCAAUGUUGCGUCUGGGGUAGACCAGUGGAAUCUCCGAGUGAAGGACUUAGUCGCGUUGCUUAAGUACUACCAAAUCGGCCUGGUCCUAUUCGGGAUCUGCUCGUUCUUCAUCAAACUCUCCAUCCUCCUGCAGCUCAUCGAAGUCUUCGGCAUGGAACAGCGGGACUACUUCUUCUGGAGCUGCCACGGUCUGAUCUGGAUCAACUUCGUAUACUACUUCAUCGGCACAUUCAUUACCAUCUUCGGCUGCAGACCCAUCGCAAAAGCCUGGGAUCCCUUCAUCACGGACGGUUCAUGCAUCGAUCGGUUCGUCCUCGUCGUCACUUCAUCGGCGCUCAAUGCCGUGUCUGAUAUCUUGAUGUUUAUCCUUCCCCAGGGCCGCAUAUGGAGCUUGCGCGUUCCGCUUGGGAAGAGGGUUGCUAUCUCGGCAGCCUUCUCGUUUGGUUUGAUGUGCGUAUCCCUGGUCCUCGUAUUGUCAGAGUCUAACCCACCUAGGGCCUGUGUUUCUGGCGUGGUGAAACUCGCCUACGCUGUAAUCAUGAGCAAAACACCCAACAACACCUCCUACUACGUAAACCUAGUAGGGCUGUGGACAAUUCCUGAGAUGGCCGGCGGCAUGAUCGCCGGAUGUCUCCCCUCCGUGCCAAAGAUCAUCCAGGUGGCCCUGCGGAGUCCCCUCGUAUUGAGAUGGCGCAGCUCAUUUCGCAAUUUGAUCCCUUCGCAUACGGGGCGGCGUCAGAGCGGGGCACAUUCCCAUGGUAAUGAGCCGAUGCAGAGAGUUAUCCGGAAUUCUUUCUCAGGGGUUGAUCGUUUUCCGUUGUCUUCGUUUAAGAGUCCGAUGGGCACUGCGGCUUCAAUUACUCAUUCUGUGGAUUCGAUCACGGUUGGUUCGGCGGUUUAA